AUACGUCUUUGCAGUCAUGAUAUGAGCACAGCAAGCCAUUGAAACAGGAAGAAACGACUGCUACAGAUCUCACUGCAAAGGCAUCCCUGGCUGCUUCCUCAAGUCUCUCCUCUGCAGUUGGACCGACUGUGGAAAUGAAUACGGGAGAGGCCGAGUCAAGAAAUUCAAACUUUGCAACUGUAGGAGCAGGCUCAGAAGACUGGGUGAAUGCCAUUGAGUUUGUUCCUGGGCAGCCCUACUGCGGCCGGACGGCCCCUUCCUGCACUGAAGCACCCCUGCAGGGCUCAGUGACCAAGGAAGACCUCGAGAAGGAGCAAAGCGCAGUGGAAACGAAGCAGCAGCUUUGCCCAUACGCCGCGGUGGGCGAGUGCCGAUACGGGGAGAACUGUGUGUAUCUCCACGGAGACUCCUGUGACAUGUGUGGGCUGCAGGUCCUGCACCCAGUGGACGCGGCCCAGAGAUCACAGCAUAUAAAAUCUUGCAUUGAGGCCCACGAGAAGGACAUGGAGCUGUCGUUUGCUGUCCAGCGCAGCAAGGACAUGGUGUGUGGCAUCUGCAUGGAGGUGGUCUACGAGAAAGCCAACCCUAGCGAGCGCCGCUUUGGGAUCCUGUCCAACUGCAGCCACACCUACUGUCUCAAGUGUAUUCGCAAGUGGAGGAGUGCUAAGCAAUUUGAGAGCAAGAUCAUAAAGUCCUGCCCCGAAUGCCGGAUCACAUCUAACUUUGUCAUUCCAAGUGAGUACUGGGUGGAAGAGAAAGAAGAGAAGCAGAAACUCAUUCAGAAAUACAAGGAGGCCAUGAGCGACAAGGCGUGCAGGUAUUUUGAUGAAGGACGUGGGAGCUGCCCAUUUGGAGGGAACUGUUUUUACAAGCAUGCCUACCCCGAUGGCCGUAGAGAGGAGCCACAGAGACAGAAAGUGGGAACAUCAAGCAGAUACCGGGCCCAACGAAGGAACCACUUCUGGGAGCUCAUUGAGGAAAGAGAGAACAGCAACCCCUUUGCCAACGACGAAGAAGAGGUGGUCACCUUUGAGCUGGGCGAGAUGUUGCUUAUGCUUUUGGCUGCAGGUGGGGACGACGACCUGACAGACUCUGAAGACGAGUGGGACUUGUUUCAUGAUGAGCUGGAAGAUUUUUAUGACUUGGAUCUAUAGCAGCUUGGCGUGGCGUGGGAACUGGUCUGCUGAGCCUCAGACAAGAGCUGUGCCCUGUGGUGGGGUGACAGUGCCCGUGUUUCUCUCCUAGGCAGGCCUGUCAACUCCAGGUGCUGUCGGAAUAACUUUUACCCAGGGCCUGUCUUCUCAAUAAUCCCUCACCUAUCCCCACAGAGUGAGUUGUUUUCUCUGUUUAAAAAAGUUACAAAAAUAAAUCUUAAAGUUAGUUUUGUUUUUUUUUGUAACAUGAGCUUAACUGUCAGACAGUUAGUGUAGGUUUGUUGCGUCAUCAUCUGUUUUUCAACGCGAUUCACACAGUUCUAGGGUAGGGUUUAUGGACUUGCCACACUCGUUUUGCGGACCCAGACUCACAAGUAACAGCGCUGGCCCUGCUUUGAGGUCCAAGGAGAGGUGUGAUGGGUGAAGGAUCUGAACUGGGGCAAGUAGCCCUCCUGCAACUGAAACUUGAGGUUUCUGCUGAAAUCUGCACAUCUGUGUUUUUAUCUGUUCCCCACCCUGUAACCCCCACCCCGUGCUCUUGUUCUGUGGUUUUGGUCUCUUGUUUAAUUGCACAGGAGUAAUGCUACUGGGUAACCAGAUGCGAAUGUGCUGAGAUUUUUACUGUAUUUAGUGUGAUAGGAAUAUUGUGAAAGAACACACAUAAAAGAUAGAGUGGCAUAAAAGACAUGCAGGAGCUGGACGUUGACCCGCAGGGCUGAUAGACGUGGCUUGUGUGAGUGUUGAGUGUGUGAUAAGCUCAUUUCUGCAUAGGUGCUGCGUUCGUAGCCUUAGUGGGAAGACAGUGGUUUAGUCGUUUCAGCCUAGUGUGGCAAAUAGAUCUUCCAGGACAAAGCAGUAUGUUGGUAGCUGUUACUAGAGCAGUGCUAGCGCUGUCUAUAUAAAUAGAGAAAUGGGUUUAGCCAUAGAGCUGAAAACUGGUUAUCCCAUAUAUUAACACAAACUGGGUCUUGGAUACACAGUUGUAUUUAAUGUUUAAUGAUCUCCUAGCCCUCCUAUCCAGGCACUUUCUGACAAGCCUUCACCCUCCUCUGAGGGGUUUUGCUGUUGGGGUUUUGUGUUCGUUUUUGUGGGUGUUUGCCUCAUUCCAUCCCUGAGCUUUGCAGGUAGACAGGUGUAAUUCAAAACUAUGUUCUAAGGUGUUUCUUGUAGUGGGGUCUUUGGUUUGCAGUAAUAAGUCACGCUUUCUUACUAAAGGGGGGGAGGGGUGGUAGUCCACGAGACAAGUUGUUAGAAGGAUUUCCUGAUCGGAAAGUUUUAGCUUUGCAUUUUGUUGCUCUAUCUCCUGAAAAAAACUUGGAGAUGCUCCUGAGUUGUCCAUCUACUGCUUUGAUUCCUUGGAUCCCACCCAGUCUUUCAUUUUAAGAGAAAGCAAGUCAUGGUUACAGAGGUCUCUGUAUUUUGCAGCUGCCCUUUUGUAAGAAGCACUUUUCCCAAAUAAAACAAUAAAAACAA